AUUUUAUGGAAGUAUAUAUGGCUGUAUUGGCUGAUAUUUUACAUUUAAAACGCUGUUUAGAGCAUCUUCCAAGACUGUUGCCGAGACCUUACUCCGUUGCAUGGUAAGAAAACGUUAUGUUGUUAAUAUUUUCGAUGAUGCAGGAAGUUCAUGGCCACACUAGACCGACCAUAUUUUUUAUCGUAUAAAUUAUGCGUUCGACUGGAGAUAGAUUCAUUUUGUAAUUAAUUAUAAACUCAUUCUAUGAUAUUAUAUGAUUAUAUUAUAUGAAGAUUAUAUGAUUUCCGUAUUUUGUUCCUAUGUAAAACGUUUAAAUCUUGCAUUCUCCAAAUAAUUUAUCGCUCGUUUUAACUUAUUGAUAUAUUUUUAUCUGUUUAGCUCACCUUUAGAGAAUCACACACAAUUAAGAUUUGUGUUCAACAUUGUCGAAUUUCCGCACAUUGAUAAUGUUAGGAAUGAAAGGUAAGAAUCCUUGGUCAAUUCAUAUUGACAGUAUUGAUGACCCAAUAGUGUGAUGACCUAAAGCCCAUAGAAAGCUUUUUUUUAAAUCAAUAUUCUUGACGAAUAGGUAUGGAGUUUGCACAAGCUGGCUGCAGAAAUUAUCAAAACAUUUAACUGAGAAAAAUGAAGACAAAGAAGUAUCUCUUGAAAGUAAUUUAAAAGAGUUAUCUAUAAGUAACCAUCCAGAGGUACGGUAAUGUUUUAAAUCAAUUGAAUACUUUAUGCUUAUAAGCUGGCUUUUAAUGUCUAAAGCAGUACAAUUUAUAUCCCAACAAUUUUGUCAUCAUUUCAGGUGUAUAUAAUUCGUCGCAACCCCACUGGAUUUCACCUACCACACGACAAACAUUGUCCGUUAAUAAUGAUUGGUCCAGGAACUGGCGUUGCUCCUUUCAUUGGAUUCCUUCAGCACAGGUAAUGUACACUUGAGGGACUGGUCAUAAAGUAACUGCUAGGGUGGGCUGGAGUGAUUUGGGAUGGGCCAUGGAAAAUCUUUGGGCAGUUUCGAUGGACUGCCAAUUUUUUUGUAUGUCCACGGUUGGGCCACCAAACAAAAACCCAUGCAUGUCUGCUGUACUUCAAAAAAUAAAGAUAUUAAUAAUUAGAUGGGCUUUGAAAUUUUUAUCUACAUCCUAAGAUGGGUGACCAAACUUAUUGGCAAUUUUUUUUAUUUACCUCCAUCCCACCCUAGCAGUUACUUUAUGAUCAUGCAGUCCCUAAUGUCUGUUCCCUCGGGAAAUAGUUUUGUUUUGGCGAGAGUGCUUUGUUAUAGCGAUGAAAGAAAAAUCAACAAUAUUCAUACAACAAAAACCGUUAAUAAAUAAUAUAUGAUUUUUAGGUAAUAUUGGCAAAGUCAAUAAAAUUAUAAAAAAAUUAAAAAAUUAUGACAAAAUUAAAAGUUUAAAAUUUAAAGAAUCUACUUAAACGAUUUUAGCAGCAUAUCCUGUUACCUGUAUAUAUUUUUCUUCUCUAUUGCAUUUUUUAUUUUAACACAAACUUGGAAAAUCUUACAUAGCCGGUCGUAGCGGGCAACAAUUUUUCAACAAUUUUUCACUCACAUUUAUCUAAAGCCACGUGACCACAAGUCAGCCAAUCACGCGUCUAGUGUUCACCACUAGCUAUAUAACAAUGUUGUUUAUUUCCUGAGGCUACGUCCACGCUAAUCCGUUUUCGUAUCGUUCUCCGUUCACAAGGGAAUAGAUAACGUUGUUCUAACGAUACGAAAACGCCUCGAAAGCGGAUUAGUGUGGACGGAGCCCGAGGUUCGAGUUUGAAACUCGCAAGAUUUGCAGCGUUACUUGAAUGUUUAAUAUUGUGUUUUGUUCAUAGCGGGGAGGGGAGGAGUGACCUUAUAAAAUCGGAAAAAUGCGAAAAAUUUUCAAAAUUAUUCGUAUUUAAGAUUAUCGCCCGUAUUCUAAAAGCUCACUCACACUCAAUGAGUGGAGGUUCAAUCUGAGCUUCUCUCGAGUGUCAUUGCUGUUUUUGAAUAGCUUGAGGGUUAGUGUCGCACCUUACUAUAUGUGACAAUUCACCCUCCAGCUAUUCAAAAACAGCAUUGACACUCAAGAAAAGCUCAGAUUGAACCUCCACUCAUUGAGUGUGAGUGAGCUUUUAGAAAACGGGCGUACGUGUUGAUAUUUUAGUACUAUUCUGGAGAAAACCCACGAAUGAUAUGUCGCGAGUCGUGCGUGAGCAAGAGAUUUGAAUCUUUGAAUCUUCAUCACACAAUUGAAAGGCAGUUGCUCUGCCGACUACGCCACACAAUUAGCUUAAAGCAAGUCAUACACAUUCCUUACAGGCAGCACCUGCAAAAACAGGCCACACCCGAUACCAAGUUUGGAGCUACCUGGUUAUUUUAUGGCUGUCGUCAUAAGGAGCGGGAUUUUCUUUUCAGGUAAAUAUGGUUUUUGUUUAGAGUUGCACAAUGUGAUAACAUGUAUGGAUACAGUAUUAUACAAUUGUAAUACUCGUAGGUUGCUUUGCUGACAUGCCCUUAUCCAUAUGGACAAGUAAUGAAAAGUAUUGUUUAUAAGCGUAUAAAAUUGUCGUGUGUUAGAAUAAAGCCACUUUCUAACAAACGCCCUUUAUGAUAGAUCAUUUACAAUGCGAUCCUGAAAUCUUUUUGUCAACAUUGCUUAGUGUAACAGCGCGUUAUUCAUGACCUUGACAUGACUGCUUUCGGUCUUAGAUUUACGCUUGGAUAUUAGCGCUAUACAUUAAGCCUAUAAGUUUAUUUAUAAACAUGCAGCGUUAUUUUUCACUUUACAAACUAUAGCUGUUGCUUACAUGUACGUGCAUCAUGAACUAUAUUUACAUGCAGUAUAUAGAUUUGUUUCUCUAACAAAGUAGUUGCUAAUAAUUGAUUCUUGGUAUUUUCUGCAAAAACAAAUAACUAUAGUUUAUUCGUUUAGGGACGAAUUAACAGAGUUUGAAAGAAGUGGCGUACUGACGAAACUUAUAGUUUCAUUCUCUCGAGAUGCCACUCCAGUUGAUUCGAGCGAAACUAAAUCACCGAAAUAUGUACAAGAUAAUAUCAAAAUUUGGGGAGAGGAAUUGUGCAAUCUAAUUUAUAAUUCUGGAGCAUUUAUUUUCGUAUGUGGGUAAGUGCCACUGUACAAUCUACUAUCGAUAAAAAUCAUAAAAAAUAAUGACAUAAUAUAUAUACACUUGCAUGAUAUAAUAUAUCAAAUUUGUUUGGAUUUAUAGGGACGCAAAGAACAUGGCGAAAAAUGUGCUGGAAACGUUUAUCGAUGUUUUGCAAAAUAUUAAAGGUAUAAUAUAAUAUCCUGUUUGAAUACAGAGUUUUGAUUACUGCAUGCAGGAUUAUAAUAAAGUGCCACUGGGGUACUUUCAUGAUCUGUUAUAAAUGACAAACACGUUAUACUGAAACAUUAUAUCUUAUUGGAUUCUUCUGAGCCCAAUAUGGCAAAAUAUUAAGUCGAGACUUCCAUAUUGGGCGAGACCGAGGGUCGAGCCUAAUAUUGAAGUCGAGACUUAAUAUUUUGCCAUAUUGGGCGAAGAUGAAUACAAUAGGAGUUUUAUUAUAUCGAACAAAACAAUUCUAUAACAAAAUUGUCAAUAAGCGAUAAAGUAAAUACAGCGAGACUAAUACAGCGACAACAUUACUACAUAUAUCGACGGCGAAUUUGCUUAAAUAACUAAAUAAUAUGCUUUAAUAAACCUGUUUUUACAAAUAUGUGUGCAUAAAUAAACUCAAUUACAUGUAUGUUUAAAGGAAAUUUGACCUAAUUUUAACGAAAAAAAUAAUAUUACUAACUUCUAGGCUGUUGCAAACAAAUAAAUUUCGCGAAGACAAGUUUUCCCGCGCUUUUAUAAUUUUAAACAAAACUGGUAGAAAAAACUGUAUUAAUGUCCCAAAUUGUUUUCAUUAUUCUGCCAUAUCGUUUGUCGUAUGUUUGAAAUUGACAAAACAUCUGAAAAGAGUUGAAAAACCAUGUCAUAAUAGAAAAUUGGAGAACUUGAAAACUACUUGAAAUAUCCUGCGUAGCGGCUCUCAGAACCUUCGCAGCAUUGUAAUAUCAGCAUUUCACUCGAUAGAACUAAUUGUUGGCAGGGGCGGCGCUAUACCACUUUGAAUGGAGUGGGGGGGGGGGGCUAAAGAAAUUUUCUGGACAUGUUCAUCUUAUUUCCGGUUAAACUACCGUUGGUCGUUCCAUUUUUCCCUAAUAUUUUCAUAAGUUUCUUCACAUCUUAGCUAUCAUUAUUAACUUCUAAUUAACCGAACGCGAGGUCUGCACAGAGAAAUAUCGGACCGAAGUCUUUUUUGUACAGACCGAGCCCGUAGGGUGAGAUUUGUAGAAAAAGACCGAGGUCCGAUAUUUCUCUGUGCAUACCGAGCAAGCGAGGUUAAUAAAAAGUUUAUUAUAUGGCUUUAUAGGCAUUUAUACUUGAAACAAACAAGAAAUGCAUGAUUUGAAAUGCAUAUUAGUAGUGUGGUACAUGAACAAAAAAAUCCAAUGUAUUCCUUCUUUUCCACCAAAAACCAUUCGCAGAUAUCUUAUUAAUAACAAAUUAAAUUAUAAUUUUCAAUUCGUUUUGCUGUUUUGUUUUAAAAUGCAUACGUUUGUUUUUACGUAAUGGACCGCCGGCCAUUACCGGAAAAUAAUGGCCGCUGAAACUGCUUCUCAGCCAAUCGCAGUCCGCCAUUUCACCGGAAGUGAUGCUUGCCAUAUAAUAAUAGUUUUUAAUCACCGUAACUCAAAUAUGAAAUUUUUUUCAUUCCUAUCCAAAUUCGAGUUUUGCCGACUGGGGUUCAAUAUUUUGCCGACUACGUGGUGACUGGCGGGGGCGGGGGGAAGGGCAUGCUACUUCCAUACACCUAUAUAUAUAUAUAUAUAUAUACCGGGUGGCCCAAAAAAAAGUACUCCUGUUUGAUUCGUAAUAACAUCUAAACAAGUAUAGCUUUUAAAGAGAAAUAACUUGCAUCAAAUAGAGGAAGGACUAACUUAGACUUUGAUAUGUUACAGUUGUAUUUCACUUAAAAAUUCACGGAGAUAUUAAUCUUUAAAUUCGGGAGAAUAUUUCUGGAUGUGUCUGAAAUAUGCAAAAAUCGGCGUAUCAAAUAUUAAUCAAGAUUUGCCCGACUGAAACAUGCACUAUUACCAGUAAAUAAAUGACACUUGACAAAUUGUUUAUUAUGAAACAAAGUAUUAUUAUAUCUACAAAAUACAAGCAAGAUUUAUUCGUCCGAAAUUCGCGUGUGUUCCUAGCACGAAUACGUUUCCUUAUUUCAUGAGACCACUGCAUCGCGAAGGAUCGUCAUUGGAUCGUUCGUAGUUCUGAAUUAGGGCAUGCUGUCACAACGGAAUUGUGAAGCUCUUCUAACUUCUGCAACGUUCUGAAAUCUUGUUAAGAACACCCAAACUCUUUUGCCGUUUCUUAAUCUUGGCAAGUUCAUGGAGUAAACUGAGAAUUAUAUGAAACACAAUCAAACCAUACAACUCCAUAAGACAUAACAAUUAAGCAACUCCCCAGAGACAUGCAACAUUUUUGGAACAAAACGUAACAAAAUAGUAGCGUUGAUACGGUGAUGUGCAUUUGCAAAAAGCAAUAUUAUUUCCUUCAAUAAAGAAUAUUCAUCCUGCUCUAACCGAGAAAUAAUCUACUCAGUCUGUUUGAACCCAUUAAAAACAUAAAAAAAUUAGGCUAUUUAAGAAUACGAAAAAUUUAAGCGCCUGCCUUCCAUGGUCAGUCUUUCAUGUACAUUUAAGUUUGCAAAGACCUAAUAUUAAAUACUUGCAUAAUUUCGAACGUUCAUAUUUCAGGAAACAAUGAGCUAAGACUUACAUGUAAGAUGUCUAAAUCUACGCCAUAUCCCUUACAAACCUUAACGAUAAUUCGCUGAAAUACAAGUUAGCAUAAUAUGUCAUUAAGCAAACAAACGCUGGAGUUAAUAUUUGAUAUGCCGAUUUUCGCUAAUUUUAGACACAUUCCAAAAUAUGCUCCCCAUUUUUAACAUUAAUAUAUCCGUGAAUUUUUAAGUUAAAUACAACUGUAAUAUAUCAAAAUCUAAGUUAGUCCUUCCUCUAUUUAAUGCAAGUUAUUUCUCUUUAAAAACUUUACUGGUUUAGAAGUUAUUACGAAUCAAACAGGAGUGUAUAUAUAUAUAUAUAUAUACUUGGAUUGCAAACCCUAAAAACAGCAUUCUAAUAUUAACUGCUAACUGUGUAAACUACAAAAUAAAACUAAAACAAAGUAGUUUUGAGAGGAACGCCAAAAAGAUUUUAGGUUGUGAACACUUUUCAUCACAAAUACGUGACAUUGACAAAAAAUGCCACGAUCACUGACUCGUCCGUAGUUGCUUGUAUUCCGCGUUCAAUGCUGGGAAUGCAGUGGUUUAAGAGAAUCUCCAUGCAAUAAACCCCAGAAGACGUUGUAUUUAAAUAUUACUUGUAACUGCAUGCAUGGAUUCGUUUUUAUCAGGUCUUUCACACGAGGAAGCAAAGAAAGAUAUCUGGAAGUUACGUCAAGAACAUAGAUAUGUUGAAGACGUGUGGACGUGAAAAUAAUAUAUAACCAAAUGUCAAGACGCGGGUUUGAUUGUUAGUGGUUUUGUCGAGAAUUUCAAAUUCAUGCUGUUUCAGCAUGAGUUUAUAUUCACGUGAAGGCGAAUAUAUCAUCAAUAUAAGAAAAUUAAAAGAAGACAUAAAAUUCAGGUUUAUUGUCAGACCUAAACUAUAUUACAGGCUUCUUUAGGUCAGACUUAAACUAUAUUACAUGCAGGGACAGUGUCAUACGAGACAAGUAGCAGACAGUAUUUCGGCCCUGCAGAAUUUUAUGACUGUCAUGAUUUUUAAAUUGUUCAUGAUUUUCGUGUAUUUUGAGUUUAUACAGGGUAACUUUUCAGAAUGUCGAAAAUUUCUUAAAAUUAUAAUGGAUUUUACACAAGUUUUCUACUGUCAGAGUAUUAUUCUUGAAUACACCCUUUCGAUAAUUACGUCAUUUGGCCUGGGAGCUUCGCUCUCACGAAUCGUGAGCCAAUCACCUUGCAUAAUUUACUAAUGAUAGCGAAGCUCCAAGACCAAAAAGUAUGUGUGACGUAUAUAAUUAUCGAAAACGCUCUGAAUUGUGAACAUCUGAAUAAAUGCGUCGCGUCGUGGACUGAUUACAACGCCAAAGAUAUGGUCGAAAAAUUCCAGCAGCAAAAUAUUGGGCAAUUAUAUACAGAGUAGUUUCGUUAUGCAAGAAUAAACGUAUAAUUAUCCGGUAUCUGCAUAAGGUGACAAGAGCUAUAAUGUCCGUUCAUUUAAACUUAAAAUUCAAGGCCGUUGGAAG